AUGGACCGCACCCGUCCCAGCACGCUCCCGCGCAUCCAGCACUACGCCCCCCCGCCCGGCACCCAGAUGGACCUGGAUGCUCCGGACCAUUCUGCCUUUGAAGCUCGCCUCACGCAAACCGUACGAGAGCUACAGGAACGCGUCGAGCAGCAGCAGCAUGCGCUGCACGAGCUCCGCGCUUCCGCACGCCAGCCCGCGCUCCACGCGCCUUCUGCGGAUGCCCGGGAACGCCUCCGGCAACUAAGGGCUUUGCAGAACGCGUACGAGCGCCUAACCCCUGCAGAGCCGUAUCUUCCUGGCGCAACAUCAGUCCUGCCGGCUCUCCUUGCAACAGACAUCACCCAGACAUGCAUCUCCGAGACCAGAGACGCUCUCACCAUCUCACGUGCGAAACUCGAGGCUGCACAGAGAGAGCUCGACCGAGAAGAAAGCGGCCUCCGAGAUGCGAAUGCCAUCACCCAAAGCUUGGAGGCACGUGUCGGCGUGCUCCAAUCUCAGCGCCAGGAGCGGGCGGCCAAAACAGCGCCGCAGCUCGCCAAGGAAUUACUGACAUCAACACGCAAACGGCAGCAGAAAUACGAUGUCGAGAGUCGACGGCUUCAGUCUGCCCUCGAGAGUUUCGUCGAGGAGCACCUGGCCACUCUGGUCGCUGCCGAGGAGCUUGGCGGGCCCGUGGUGGGCGAGCUUAUGGACGUUGAUGACGAAAUGUUGUCCGCAGGCUUCUCUCAUCAAGGCAAGCCAAAGCCAUUGAAGCAGGGGAAGGCGGCCGUGGACAGGCGACAAAUGCGAAUCGACAAGAUCUGGGGUACAGCCGGCGCGAGCAACGACGAGCCUCUGGGCGAGAAAGAUGCUGCCGCCACGGAAAUUAGGUUGCUGGUUGAAGAGCUUUUGCGCGCGUUGUUGGGCGAGAGUAACGGCGGAGAAUACGUUCAGCUGAGCAGAGACUCUGCAGCCGCCCGCUUCUUGGUCCGCGCAAAGGUUGCGCAAUUCCACCCAAAAGACGCAAGGAAGCUUAGAUUGGUCGAUUUCGGUCGGGACUUGGACGUAUGA